AUGGAAGGCCUCCCCCACCUGGACCCCAUAACCCCCCUCUCCCCAACAGUAACCCGCAUCCUCGGCCACAACCCCUCCAAAUUCACCCUCCAAGGCACAAACACCUACCUGAUAGGAACAGGCCCCACGCGCCUCCUCCUCGACACAGGCGAAGGGAAGCCCGAAUGGCUGUCCUCCAUCCGCGAAGCGCUCGAAACCGCAGGACCGGAUGUGAAGAUUAGCGACGUGAUUCUAACCCAUUGGCAUCCCGACCACGUCGGCGGCGUCAAGGACGUGUUAUCCCUCCCCGGUCAUGGAGAUGUGCGGGUUUGGAAACACAGUCCGGAUGAAGGUCAACACCCGAUCCCCUCCAACAAAGUCUUCCACACCCCCGGCGCCACCCUCACAGCGCACCACACGCCGGGUCACACGACGGAUCACAUGUGUUUCCUGCUCCACGAGGAAAACGCCCUCUUCACCGGCGACAACGUCCUCGGGCACGGGACGGCUGUGUUCGAAGAUCUCGCGGCGUACAUGUCCUCCCUAGAGAAAAUGGCCGCGGUCGAGGGGUUCACUGGACGGGCGUACCCGGCGCAUGGCGAUGUGAUCGAGGACGGGAGGGGGAAGGUACGGGAGUACAUUUCGCAUCGCCAGCAGCGCGAAGAUCAGAUUUUGAAGGUUUUGGAGGAGCAAGGAGGGGGAGGGGAACUGGGGAGUAUGGAGAUUGUGAAGGUGGUGUAUAAGGAUUAUCCGGAGAGUUUGUGGGCGCCGGCGGAAGGGGGUGUGAAGCAGGUGUUGAGGAAGUUGGAGGGGGAUGGGAGGGUUGUGGAGGGGAGUAAGGGGAGUGGGAAGUGGAGGUUGAGUGGGAAGGCGGCGUUGUGA